UCGGUUCCGGUUCCGGUGCUGUUCCCGGUUCCGCUCCGGUCCCGGUGCCGCCGCCAUGCCCGAGGCGCUGUCGCUGCUGUGCCGCAUCUCGGCGCACCCCGAGUCCCGCUGCUGGGCCCUGGCCUGGAGCCCCAGCGGGGCCCUGCUGGCGUCCUGCGGCGGGGACCGGACCGUGCGGGUGUGGGGACGGGAGGGCUCGGGCUGGGCGUGCCGGGCGGUGCUGGCGGACGGGCACCAGCGCACGGUGCGCAGGGUGGCGUGGUCACCGUGCGGGCACUUCCUGGCCUCGGCCAGCUUCGAUGGCACCACCUGCGUCUGGCGGCGGCACGAGCAUGGCUUCGAGGUGGUGGCCUCGCUGGAGGGACACGAGAACGAGGUGAAGUCGGUGGCCUGGGCACCCUCGGGGGCACUGCUGGCCACCUGCAGCCGCGACAAGAGCGUCUGGGUCUGGGAGGUGGACGAGGAGGAGCAGGAGUUCGAGUGUGUCAGCGUGCUCAGCGCCCACAGCCAGGACGUCAAACACGUGGUGUGGCACCCCAGCCAGGAGCUGCUGGCCAGUGCCAGCUACGAUGACACGGUGCGGCUGUACCGCGAGGACGAGGACGACUGGGUGUGCUGUGCCACCCUGGAGGGACACACGUCCACCGUGUGGGCAGUGGCCUGGGAGCGCUCCGGCCAGCGCCUGGUGUCCUGCAGCGAUGACCGCACCCUGCGCGUGUGGCAGCGCGCCCAGGGACACGGCUCGGAGCACAGCUGGCAGUGUGUCUGCACCCUGUCCGGGUACCACGGGCGCAGCAUCUACGACGUGGCCUGGUGCCACCUGACGGGCGCGGUGGCCACGGCGUGCGGUGACGACGCGGUGCGGGUGUUCGAGGAGGUGGCCCCGGCGUCCCCGGGGUCGCCGGUGACCUUCUGCCUGGCGGCGCAGGUGCCACGGGCGCACGCCCAGGACGCCAACGGCGUGGCCUGGCACCCGCGGGAGCCGGGGCUGCUGGCGUCCUGCGGCGACGACGGCACCGUCGCCUUCUGGCGCUACCAGCGCCCCGACGGCCUCUGAGGGACACCACGGGGACACCCCGGGGACCUCCUGAACCUCCUGUGGGCUUCAGGAACCUCCUGUGGGCUCCAGGAUUGCCCAAUGUUCUCCAGAACCUCCCAUGGCCUUCAGGAACCUCCUGUGGGCUCCAGGAUCACCCAAUGUUCUCCAGAACCUCCUGUGGGCUCCAGGAUCACUCAAUGUUCUCCAGAACCUCCUGUGGCCUUCAGGAACCUCCUGUGGGCUCCAGGAUCGCCCAAUGUUCUCCAGAAUCCCCCAUGGCCUCCAGGAACCUCCCCAGGUCCUCCAGAAACUCCUGUGAGCUCCAGAAUCACUCAGUGUUCUCCAGAACCUCCUGUGGCCUUCAGGAACCUCCUGUGAGCUCCAGGAUCGCCCAAUGUUCUCCAGAACCUCCCCAUGGCCUCCAGGACCUCCUGUGGCCUCCAGAACCUCCCCAGGUCCUCCAGGACCUCCCCAUGGCCUUCAGGAACCUCCUGUGGGCUCCAGAAUCACUCAAUGUUCUCCAGAAUCUCCCAUGGCCUCCAGGACCUCCAGAACCUCCUGUGGCCUCCAGAAUCACUCAAAGCUCUCCAGAACCUCUCCAUAGCCUCCAGGAACCUCCUUCUCGAGAAGCUUCCUGUGGCCUCUAGGAGCUCCAGGAACCUCCCGUGGCCUCCAGGAUUCCCCAACGUUCUCCAGAACCUCCCCACGGCCUCCAGAAACUUUCCAACUUCUCCAGAGCCAUCCCAAGUUCUCCAGAACCUCCCCCUGUUCUCCAGAACGUUCCCGUGCCUGGGGUCCGUCCCUGGUGGGGUUUGUGGGGUCGGGAUCACCGGGGUGGGGCCGGGUUUGGGGUCCCACAGCCAAUAAAUGCCGGGAUCCCACAGGAGCCAUGAAUUUGGGAUCCAGUGGGAUUUGGGAUUUUGGGAUCCUGAA